GUGGUUCAAGCCCACCCGGGAGCGAAGUGUUUUGGGAUCGUUUUGUCCUGGCUCAGUCGUUUGAAAGUAUCUUUUUCUCCCAUCUUUCCCGCCAUCUCCCAUCGCACUCCCACCUUUUCUUCUUGCCUCUCACGACACGUCCGCCUCCUUUUCCUCGCUGCGACGCCCGUCGCAAGCUCUACGUGAGGCGCCAGGCGACUGCCGGCAGGGGAGGGCGAGUAGUAGUAGCGGGCAACGAGAGCCCGACAGCCGAUCAGGCGAUUCAUGGGCGGUUCGUGACCUGCGAGCCUUGAAACAGUAGAUCGCGCGAGGGUGCGCGUGGGGGGAGUGCACGGCAAGGGCAAGGGGCGAGCGGGGCGAGCGGGGCGAGCGGGGCGAGCGGGGCGAGCGGGGCGAGCAUGACGACGCGGAUCACGCCCGGCGUGGGCGCGAACCUGAUCGGGCAGCACGCGCAGGAGCGCAACCAGGACGCCACCGCCUACGUCGGCAACCUCGACCCGCAGAUGUCGGAGGAGCUCAUCUGGGAGCUCUUCGUGCAGGCGGGGCCCGUCGUGAACGUGUAUGUGCCCAAGGACCGCGUGACGGGGCAGCACCAGGGCUACGGAUUCGUGGAGUUCCGCUCCGAAGAGGACGCCGACUAUGCGGUGAAGGUGCUCAACAUGGUGAAGGUGUUUGCGCGCCCCAUGCGCGUCAACAAGGCCAGCCAGGACCGCCGCACCGUCGAUGUGGGCGCCAACCUUUUCAUCGGGAACCUCGACCCCGACGUGGACGAGAAGGUGCUGUACGACACCUUCAGUGCCUUCGGUGUCAUCGUCACCAACCCCAAGAUCAUGCGGGAUCCAGAGAGCGGCAACUCCAAGGGCUUUGGCUUCAUCAGCUACGACUCGUUUGAGGCCUCGGAUGCCGCCAUCGAGGCGAUGAAUGGGCAGUACCUGUGCAACCGCGCCAUCUCCGUGUCGUACGCCUUCAAGAAGGACACCAAGGGCGAGCGACACGGCACCCCCGCAGAGCGCCUGCUGGCAGCCAACAACCCCACCGCCACACGCCAUCGCCCACACACCAUGUUUGCCGCUGCUCCCCCCUCCUCCGCUCCCCCUCCCCCUCCCCCCUCUCGCCCGCCUCCGCCUUCCAUCCCCCCUGCUGCCGCCCCUCCCCCUCCUCGCCCGUACACCUCCCCCGCCCCCCCCGCUCCCCCAUCUGCACCUUCCCCCUACCGCCCGCCCCCUCCCCCUGCCUAUGGUGGCGCGGGUUCUUCUCCUGCCCCCCCUUACCACCCCCCUCCACAGAUGCGCCCCCAACAGUACCCCCCACACCAGAUGCCACCACCUCCCCCCCAGCAUUGGCAACAGAACCAGCCUCCGCCCCCUCCACAGCAGUAUGCCCCUCCCCCUCGCAUGCCCCCCCCUCCCCCCCAUGGCGGAGCACCAGGGGGGGGCUAUCGCCCCCCUCCCCCACAUGGGGGGGCACCAGGGGGAGGCUACCCCCCCCCUCCCCCUCAUGGCGGAGCACCAGGGGGAGGUUAUCCCCCCCCUCCUCCCCAUGGCGGAGCACCAGGGGGAGGCUACCCUCCCCCUCCCCGCUACCCCACUCCUGGUGGCCCUCCCCCUUCCCCGUACCCCCCACCAGGGCAGGGAUAUUCCAUGCCUCCUCCUCCCCAAGCUCACCAGGGGGGAUGGCGGCCAGGGCAAGCCCCCCCUCCUCCUGCCCCUGGUGUGGGGGGGCCUGGUGGGGGUGCACCAAGGCCGAGCACGGCUAUUCCUCCUCCCCCCCGACCACCCAUGGGGGGAGCUCCUCCUGCGGGUGGUGUUCUCGGGGCCGCGCCACCAGGGACGAAACCAUGAAGCAUGGGGUAACGGCUCGUGUGGGAAAAUUGCUCCUGGGGGCGAUGUUCGUGUUGUGUGCGGUGAGGUGAAUGUAGGAGAUUGCAGGAAAGAAGUCGAAGUAGGAAGGAACUGUUGUCAGGUUGGACCUAUACGAAAUAGGGUGUGUGCCGUACAAUGAACACUCUUCCAUGCCUAUGUUACAGCUGAAUUAUCA